AGUGUGUUCGGACAUGUUUCAGCUACUUGCUUCGGGCUACGGCUGCAUGCCAACAGCGUCCAACUGGAACUGCGUCGUCGACCCGAUCCCCGGCGACUAUGGCGCGUACAAGGACUUCUCGAGCAAGCAUGAAGAGCCCCCGCACGGGGACUGGGUCUACUGGGAGCAUGAUCAGUGCAAGCUCGACAAGGUCAACGGCACGUGUAGAUAGAUGAGCAGGAAGGGAGGGAGGAUGAUUGCAAGGGUUGUCAGUGCUGCUCCUGGGGUAACUAACUCUCUAUGACAAGGGGAGAUAGAGGAGGACGUGGAGGAAACACCUCGUCAGACUCGUUGGACGCGUACGAGGUUGUAAAGAAGAUUGCCUCAAAGAAAUGAUGAGCGCUGUG